UGUCGGUAAUGAACGGAUUUCCUCCGCCGUCGUAAAGAGAAGAAGAAAACCCGGAACUAGGCUGCUCUCCACAAAACGUCAGAUGACAAGCGAAUCUGAACAAUAACAAAUACACACCCCACUGAUAACAGCCACCCGAAUAAUUAUACACACCAUAUGCCAGGGUUAUAACUUACGGGGGGGAAGCAUGGCAUUUAUAACGGCAAACUGGAAUCCGCUCGGGGAAGCGUUUUACAGGAAGAUCGAGCUGUAUGAGAUGGGAUGGAGCUUGAGAGAUGGGCUCAAGGAAUGCCUGGUGGCAGCAGCCCCAUACGGGGGACCCAUCGCUCUCCUGAGGCAGCCACAGAGGCCUUCCUCCAGCGCACGGCCCCUGCUGGAGAUCUACUCCUCCUCGGGCGCCAACAUGGCCAGCUUCCCGUGGAAGAGUGGCCCAGUGAGACAGCUGGGUUGGACGGUGUGUGAUGACCUGCUGUGUAUCCAGGAGGACGGCACUGUCCUCAUCUACGACCUGUUUGGUGCCUUCAAAAGACACUUCAGCAUGGGCAACGAGGUGGUUCAGAACCAUGUGCUGGAAGCCAAGGUGUUCCACUCGCCCUACGGAACCGGUGUCGCCAUAGUAACGGGGGCCUCACGUUUCACCCUGGCGACGAACAUUGACGACCUGAAGCUGAGGAGACUCCCGGAAGUCCCAGGCCUCCAGGUGGCACCCUCCUGCUGGGCAGUGCUGACUCAGGACAGACAGACCAAAGUGCUGCUGGCUAACGGAGCUGACCUCUACAUACUGGACAACACAUCUUGCACCCCUGUGACCCCCCCAGGCCUCUCUCCCCAGGCCUGUAGCAUCGUGAACAUGGCUGUGUCAUUCAGCUAUAAGUACCUGGCUCUGUUCACCGACUCUGGACACCUGUGGAUGGGCUCAGCCAACCUCAAGGACAAGCUGAGUGAGGUGGACACCAAGGUGAGGACCCCUCCUAAACAGAUGGUGUGGUGCAGAAGGCCAAAGAGCCAGCAGCCCUCUGUGGUCAUCAUGUGGGACAGGCUCCUCCUGGUGGCCGGAGAGUGUAAAGACACCAUCCAAUACACUCUGGAUGAGGAGAGUGUGUGUAUAGCGGAGCUGGAUGGAGUGAGGAUCGUAGGAGGGUCCAGGCAUGAGCUGCUGCAGGAGGUGCCCUCGGCCUGCCAAGACAUCUUUAAAAUCGCCUCCAUGGCCCCUGGAGCGUUACUACUGGAGGCACACAAGGAGUACGAGAAGUCCAGUCAGAAGGCAGAUGAGUACCUGAGAGAGAUAAAGGAACAAAGUGUAUUGGGAGAAGCAGUGAGACAGUGUGUGGAGGCUGCCGGUUAUGAACAUGAACCAGAGACCCAGAAAACACUGCUCAGGGCUGCGUCCUUUGGGAAGUGUUUUCUCAGUAACUACCCACCAGAGCCGUUUGUCAAUAUGUGUCGAGACCUGAAGGUUCUCAACUCUGUACGAGACUACACCGUGGGGAUCCCCCUCACACACACACAGUACAAACAGAUGACUGUUCAGGUCCUCAUUGACAGGUUGGUGUACCGUAAGCUGUAUCCUCUGGCCAUUGAGAUCUGUCGCUAUCUGAAAACACCAGAGUACCAGGGAGUCAGCAGAGUUCUCAAACACUGGGCCUGCUGCAAGGUCCAGCAGAAAGAAGAGCCUGAUGAGUCCAUAGCGCGUGCUGUGAGUGUGAAGCUGGGUGAGGCAGCAGGAAUCUCCUACUCUGAGAUCGCUGCCAGAGCAUACGAGUGUGGCAGGACGGAACUGGCCAUCAAGUUGUUGGAGUUUGAGCCUCGUUCUGGGGAGCAGGUCCCCCUGCUACUAAAGAUGAAGAGGAGUCAGCUGGCCCUGAGUAAAGCUAUAGAGAGUGGAGACACAGACCUGGUUUACACGGUGGUGACAUACCUGAAGAACGAGAUGAACAGAGGAGACUUCUUCAUGACGCUCAGAAACCAACCGGUGGCCCUGAGCCUCUACCGGCAGUUCUGUAAGCACCAGGAACAGGACACACUGAAGGAUCUGUUCAACCAAGACGACGACCAUCAGGAGCUGGGUAACUUCUACGUCAAGGCCAGUUACAAGGAGAAGAAGCUGGAGGCUCGCCUGUCUCUGCUGCAGAGUGCUGUGGACGAGUACAACAAGGCCAAGAACGAGUUUGGAGCCAAGGCGACGGAGGAGGAGAUGAAGCUGCUGCGGUUCCAGAGGCGUCUGGAUGAGGAGAAGGGAGAGGCUCUGCUGGGCCUGUCUCUCCAGGAGACCCUGCACGCCCUCCUCACCUCUAACUUCCACAAGCAGGCUGAGCAGCUCUACAGGGACUUCAGGGUGCCAGACAAGAGGUACUGGUGGCUGAAGCUGACCGCUCUGGCAGAGAAGGAGGACUGGGAGGAGAUGGAGAAAUUCGCCAAGAGCAAGAAGUCCCCCAUCGGCUACCUACCCUUUGUGGAGGUGUGUGUGAAACGACACAAUAAGUAUGAGGCCAAAAAGUAUGUUUCCAAGGUGACCCCGGAGCAAAAGGUCAAAGCCCACUUGGCCAUAGGUGAUCUGGAGGGGGCAGCCGAGGCAGCUAUAGAGAGGAGGAGUGAAGGAGAGAUCAGCACCGUCCUGUCUCGCUGUUCUCCCACCACAGACAGAGCCCUGCUGGAGAGACUCAACCGAGCCAGAUCCACUGCCGCCAAAAAGUGACCUCCCUGAAAUUAAAUUAAAACCACAACAUUUCUCACUGUCAAGAAAAGUGAGCCCUAUCAAAAACACACUAACUGUUACUGUUGAAAAGUGACCCGUCAACCACCAUUCACCCCAGCUCUAGCGUAUGUCCUGCUUCAACCACAUUUGGAGGGGAAGGAGUGAUUUGGGAAAGAAAGACAUUCCAAGCUUACACACACACACACACACACACACACACACACACAGGUUAGACACGCUGAUAUCAACAGCACUCCCAUAAUAAGCCAAUCGUGAAAGAAAUGUUCCUCUCGACUGUCUGUUUUAGCCGAGAGACGCAGUGAGAUCAUCUCAAUUCGCAAUGAAUUGCUUUCAUAUUGUAUAUCCUGUGUUUUCAAGUCUGUUCAAAUGAAGGAAGUGAGAGAAGUAAGGACACCACUUUUGACUAUUGAGAAGCACAGAUUGCUCCCAUUUACUGUCUGCUGUAAACUGCCUGUGUUACUGACACAGAUCAUGUGAUUGUCACAUUAAUGAAACCAUGUUUGUGUUGUACACACACUGCAGACCCUUGUCUCAUGUUUUAUCAUUGAAUAAAUGCGUUCCUUUAUAAAGGAGCUACGAAACGA